CCGGCUCGGAGGUAGGCAGGGUAAGAUGGCGGCGGUGCUGGAGGUGGAGAUUGGCGGCCCCGUCGAGCGGGACGUGGAGGAGGUUGAUCUAUCACGACUGUCCCCCGAAGAGAGAUGGAGGGUCGAGCAUGCUCGGAUGCACGCCAAGCACCGUGGCCAUGAGGCCAUGCAUGCCGAAAUGGUCCUCAUCCUCAUUGCCACGCUAGUGGUUGCACAGCUCCUCUUGGUACAGUGGAAACAGAGACAUCCUCGCUCCUACAAUAUGGUGACCCUCUUCCAGAUGUGGGUUGUUCCCCUUUAUUUCACGGCGAAGCUGCACUGGUGGCGAUUCAUGGUGAUCUGGGUCCUCUUCUCUGCUGUCACAGCCUUUGUCACUUUCAGAGCAACUCGUAAACCUCUUGUGCAGACGACUCCGAGACUGGUCUAUAAAUGGUUUCUGCUGAUAUACAAGAUCAGCUACGCCACUGGAAUUGUUGGGUACAUGGCUGUAAUGUUCACUCUUUUUGGUCUUAACUUAUUAUUCAGAAUCAAACCCGAAGAUGCAAUGGAUUUUGGUGUUUCCCUCCUGUUCUACGGCCUUUAUUACGGAGUACUUGAGAGGGACUUUGCUGAAAUGUGUGCGGAUUACAUGGCAUCAACCAUAGGGUUUUACAGCGCAUCAGGAAUGCCAACGAAGCACCUUUCUGACAGCGUCUGCGCCGUGUGUGGCCAACAGAUCUUUGUAGAUGUCAACGAAGAAGGGAUCAUAGAGAACACAUACAGGCUUUCCUGCAAUCAUGUCUUCCACGAGUUCUGCAUCCGAGGCUGGUGCAUCGUUGGGAAGAAACAGACGUGUCCAUACUGCAAAGAGAAGGUGGAUCUCAAGAGAAUGUUCAGUAACCCCUGGGAAAGGCCCCACGUCAUGUACGGGCAGCUGCUCGACUGGCUACGCUACCUGGUGGCCUGGCAACCCGUUAUCAUUGGACUGGUACAAGGUAUCAACUACAUCCUGGGGCUGGAAUAAAUGCUGAGCGGCCAGCAAGCCGGGGACAUCACAGCAGGACUUCGACAGCAGUGGCGGAGGGCAGCAGCUGGCCAGGAAGACUUGCUUGUAUCAUUCACCUCUCAGGAUCUUACACGCCUACAACACGUCUCCGGGGACUAAGGGAAAGACUUGGCGCUGGCCAGCUCCCAGCAAAGCGGGUUUAUGCUGGGGCGGGGGAAGGGUAUUCUUUUUUAAAACAAUUAUUUUAAUGAGCGUAUUUAAAACUUUAUAUUGCAGAUUAAAAAGGAAAUUAAUGUUUGUCCCACUUCCCUCCUCCAACCACCUCUCCACUUAGUUGUCUUAUUCCCCUAGAAUAAAGAAAGCCAAGCUGGUUUUGGAAGCUAGCAGAGACCUCUCGCAGAAACCCACGGCAGCUUGCUAGGUACCGUCCCACCUGCUCUGGCUAAAUCAGAUCCCUCGCCACUUGCUCAGGUCUCUUCUUCACAGCAGUUGCCAGCAACUCUGCUGUAAGCUGGUGGCAGAGGCCUCCUGUGGCCCUUGAUCGCUGUAAAAGCCAGCUGGAUUCCCCCAUAGUCAGGGCAGGAUUCUGAAAGAGUAAAUGCAGUUAAUCAAAGAAAAGGCACCUGCUGCGAGCAAAGCUCAGAACUGUGUAGCUGGAGGCAUGAGACCUAGGACUUAACAACUCAUGCCCUGUCAAAUGCAUCUACAUGCAGAAGGACCUAGGAAUCCCCCUGUGGUUGGCGCUGCCCAGGAGAACAGAUGCAGAGCGCUGAGCCCGUGAUUGAGGGGCUCACUACAAAGGUGGAAUGCAGUCAGGUAGCCGACUACGGCGAAGGGAGGGUAACAUCCUAGCCUGCAUUGUGUGGUCAGUGCACAGGGGAGAAACUACACCUGGGACAUGCAGCUGCCUCCAGUGCACAACGCUAAGGGAUGAACUAGGGCGUAUUCACCUCCCAACCUGGCAAGCCAGGUACUAAACCGAGGAAACGAACCCGCAAGUCUGACCUCUGUCAUGGACACAGUCUAGUGUGGCAAGCCAUCUCUUUCCACACUCUGCCCUCUUUUGGAACGUUCAGGCUACUUUAACAUUUUUCGAUGGCAGUGUAUUUUCUACCCGCUGCGCAGACCUAGCCCGGUUCGGGUUAGUUCCCUCCCCCCCCCCCCCGCCUCAAACUGACAUCCCAAAAGGGGAUGGUAGGACAGACUGCUGGGGCUUGUUUGUUUUUCCCAACAGCUCAGAACAGACAAACCUACUUAAGGGAUAAGUGUCAAAUUUCCCUUUUUUUUGAGCUUUCUCUGAAUGAGGCUGGAGGGAAAAACCUGUUUGGUGUGUUGAAAUCCAAACUUCUUACCAAAGGGCGUUUAAAGAGAUGUUCUCUUCUUCUUUAGGAGGACAGCAGAGCCUUGUUUCAGGCUGCCUGGGGCACCCACUGGGGGCGACUGCCUUUUACUAUUUGUCAAGUUUAAUAAAAGGCUUUAUCGAUAUAUUCUGUUCAUGUAGGGCCGGAUGAUGAUGACUCUUCACUAGCUAACUCAGCAGUCCCAUCGAAUUCAAGGGAACCCUCUGUGGUGUAAUGCACUACUCAUCUUGAGUCGGGGGGUCAGAAUCGGGCCCUAAUUGACAAGUGUCAUUUUACCAGCGUGUUGCGACAUGUGAGUUACAGAUUGUAAAAGCAGCCGUGUCUUAGAAACUGGAGACCUUGCUGCAACAAUUGACUCAGUGGCAGAUGGGGAUGAGGUGGCAUGGCACACGGUGAGUGAGCUUCGACUGGAGCUUGCCUUACGCCGGCAUACAAAUGAGCUCGUGAUUUAAAGAGACGUCUUCAGGAAUCAGUUCAAGCAUCUUCCUGCCACACUGACUUUCUGUGAAAGCCUGGGCAUCCUCGGUGCGCAGCCCAGGAGUCAUGGUGUUUGGUGGGUUUUCAUGUUAACCUCCCCAGCACAUGAAUGGGCUUGCAAGGUCUACCAACAAAUCUGAUGUCUGCUGGAAACACAGCUAAAUAUACCCUUGUUUGUGAUGGUUACGAUCCCUGUCCCUCUCUAAUUUCUAUAAAGAAAUAGUUAACAUCGUCGCCAAGUGUAUGAAUAAUAAGGAACAAAGGAGCUGGGUACAGCAAUCUGGUUACAAUACAGCUGCAGGAAUGUUCUACACAGGGAUCUGGUAGGUCUGUGGGGACAGGUCUUUGGAAGCCUCCCUGGAACAAAAACUUUGACGCGUGUUGGAGAAUAGGGACGUGGACAGCAGUCCUUGGAUGUAUCCCAUCUGCGUAUGCUCCACAGCCCAACCCUGCAAUUCUCCAGGCACCAUGUGACCGGUUGUGGCAACGUGAGGUCCUGGCAUAUUAUGGUUGUUUUAGGCUUUGUGAAUGAGCUCUGCUAUCUUCCACUUCGUCUUUACCGCGACACAAUUGCAAAGCGUUGAUGCUCGCCAAGCGUCUCUUUCAGUGCCCGGAGAAUUAGGUCAGUCGCCCAGGCGUGUGGAGGGCUGCACAUCUUUCUGUGCUAGGUGGCUCUCAGUAGAUCAAUGGUUCUUUGCUGCAUGGUUCCCCAGGCUAAUGAUCAUUCCCAUAAGACUGGCAGUGUCAGGAGAAGCGAAGGAUGGUGCCGCAGGACUGAGGUACAUUGGCAGAUCUAGGCGGAGGUCCAAGGAUCAGCAGACGCAUGGUCAGCCACAAAGGGUUAUUGAGGUGCAUUGGCAGGGUUCUUGGGAAGAAUGUUCUACUCAGACCACUGUUACUCCUUCAUGGACACUCAGUUAACUCCAGGUUGGUUCUUAUUGUUACAUGGGCUGCAUAUUCACCUUACUCCAUGCACGUACUGUAUAUAUCAAUAGAGCACUUCCACAGAUGUUUGUUCUAACAGACAUAUUGUGGGGGGUUUAAAACAAAUAGUUUCUAAAUCUGCCCGUUGAACAUGGCUGUAUUGUUACUUCUGGGGGCAGGGAAACCAGGUGAAUUCAAAUUGGGGUGAGCAAAACGGGGUCUAAUCAGUGACGGUCAGACCUGACGGUGCGGAAAGAAGGGAAGUCCGGGAGCAGCCGCAGCAGAUCUCUCUCUGAACAGAAGCCAUGUUUUUCCCCAAGCUCUUGGUGAGCGGUCUGAAGCAACGUUAACUGUAUCUUUUAUUUGCUCUGGAAGGAAUCAGACGUGACUGUAACCCUAUUCACCGUUGAUUCGAGGGUUUAUUUAUUUUUAUUUUUUUAAAGUGAAAUCUCAACCCUGGAAAUUCUGUGCCAAAAACCAAAAUAGAGUCCUUGAUAGUGA